AUGCCGGCCAAGACCAUUAGACAAUCAUUCAAUCUGAAGCUGAUAAUCCCCAAGACAGCCGACGGCCACGGCAUCUUCCGAGGGACCGCGCGGUCCACCCCAGCCGAGUCCAGCAUCGUCUUCGCGCAGCCACAAAGGCCGCGCACGCUGCGAUUGCUCGGUGCUCCCACCCUGGAAUCACCCGGCUAUACUGUGGCUCCGCCUCAUCCCGGGCCCGGUGUGGCCUCCCCCUGGCAGUCCGAGCCCACAUCUUCGGAUUCGUCGGAUAGAGAUCAUUCUACGGAGGAGUUUGGCUGGUCCUCAGGCUCUGGCGAGUCUGGGGACCCUCAGGUUGCAGCGCGGUCUAGUCCGGAGCCUGAGGAAAUACCGCACGACUUGGCGCCGUCCCAUCCGCCCUCCAUCUCUCGCCGGGAUGUCGCCCCGGAGCCUGAGUCGACCGUCUCACAGAGCGCUCUGCCUGCCGUGCAGGCCAUACCGCACCAUCUGGCGCCGUUCCCUCCGCCCCGCACCUCUCGCGGGGAUGUCGCCCCGACUACGGGUUGGGAGUAUUACAGGCUCUCGGACGUCCCGCGCCCGGACAACGUGCGGGUGAUUCGCUUCACCGCCAGGCGCAAGCGUUGGGGGACCGCGAAGGGUAAGAAGCAGUCGAUCAAGAUCCAGUUCGACUGGCUAGACCAUGAUAGGGAAAGAUGGGACAUUCCAUGCCAACGCGACUUCGGCGGAGGCGUCCGAGGACCGGCGUCCAUCAAAUAUGUCGUGACGGAAUUCGCGAAGCACGUCCGCGAGUACAUGCAGACGUUUGGAUUCGGCUCGUCCGCCAGCGACCCGGUCUUAGGCGCGAUCCGUUUCUCCCAGCUCUAUCUGGGGUCGAUUUACUCCAGUAACGGGUAUGACUGGGUCGCUGAGACCUACAUCGGGUUCCCGCCGGGCGCCGGCCCCGCCUUCCACACCGUCGACGGCCACCUUUCGUCGAGUUUCUGGUUGAGGAUCCUUGCCACGGCAUAGGUCCACUCCGACACCACUAUGCGCCGCAUAGUUCCUCCUAUUUAAUGAUUAGCGCUACUUCAAGUAGUCGCUCGCUCACGACUCCGGGAUACGUUACGAAUCACGAAUCACGGUCUUUGUUCUUCGUUCAUGACUACUACUCGACUUGUUUUCCUAGUUUUUCCUGCUCUGUCCUGCUCAUCAUAUGCUACCCCUGCACCUCGCGCUUGCUAGUCCGUACUCAUACAUCCUAUGCUAUCACCCAAGACAGUUAUCGUAGUCAACACAGCUAUCGUAGUCAACACAGUUAUCGUAGCCUGUCACAUACUCGCAGAUAUACAUCGCAGUAUUCGUGGACGCUCACUGUGCGCAGACUUGACCAAGUCAUU